AUGGAGGUUAGCAAGAUGCACAAGGAUGAGAUGAGAGCAGCGAUUAACCAAGGGAUAACAGAAACUGGGGGAAGAGCGCCUCCAAGAGCUGCUGAGAACUGGACUGAGUGCGGCUGGGAGGGUGAGCUGAGAGCACACUGUAAAGAGGUGGUUAAGGAAAAAGGACCAGAGCAUGUUCCUGUCGAUGACUUGGUGGCUGAAAUCACGCCAAAAGGCAGGGCCCUGGCAUGUGACAAUGUAAAGACGGAACUCUUACGAAGACUAAGAACAUUCUUUGCUCAGCAUGCCAGCCUUCAAGGGUGA